GGCUUACUAAAUCAACCGAAUCACGAAGAUUGGCUUAAAUUUUGAAUACGACAACAUAUGAUCUCAUUUCGAGUUGCAAUGGGUGAGUUGCAUUGGGUUGAGUUGCAUUGGGUUGGGUAGAAGUUGAGAGCUGAUUCUCUCCCUCACGUCGAGGCUCUUCUACGCCUUUCACCAAAUCAACUCGUUUCUUCCAUUAAUCUUGACUUUGAGCUUGGAUAUUGGUUGCUUUACCUUCUAAACUUCUUUGGGGUGUAAAUCCUCCAAUUUUUGAGCUCAUUUUGGGGAUUUUUGGUCUGUUUUUCACACUUGAACACCGACCGGUUACUGUUCACAGUUUCAGGUCAACGCCGUAUACUCGAGCCUCCCUUGAUCAUUCUUCUCUUGGACGGUGUUGUUGGAUUCCCCUGCGUGCGUGGACCAAGCAAAUACCUUUUUUCCAGUCAUCAAGGAAAGUAGAAUUCGCUGGUCUUCCUCCCCAACGGCCUUUUCCAUUUUUGAUCGGCCAGAGCUCGAAACAGCAAAGAUGGAUUGAAGCAGUCUGGACGAACUCUGAAAUUGUCUUGUUUGUCGCAUUGAGAAAUCAUCGUUCUACUUUUUGAAGCCUGGUAUGGUACCCAUCUGUUCGCAGGUUGUUGGAGAAUUUCCCUGCGAUUGAGGGUCUGCUACAGGGCUCUUGGAGGUUGUUUGUCACUCAGAUUGUUGCUGAUUCUUUUGGCUGGUUUGGACUGUGGUACGACCUGGCACUAUGGGAAGAACUAAGCAGGGACCAGGGGAUGCAUCUUUGACUCGUACAACUCGAUCGAGGUUUUCUGUCUUGCAAGGAUCCGAUGAAGAAUUCCCCCCCUUCAAUGCUGCGAAUUUAGUGAAGCUGCCAGAGAACCAACCUGGGAAUCAAACUCCAGGGAACUUUGGCAAAACUCCUAAUGCUUAUGGGAAUGGACUGACUGGGAAGAUUGUUGCAGGUGCUAUACCUGAGGAAUUGGUGAGCCCUGCGACUAAACCUGCCUCUUCUGAGGCUUCUGCUAAACCUGCGCUUAAAGCAACUAAUGCUACUUCUGAGGCCUUACAUGCUGAGACUCCUACUGCAACAAAGCCAGGGAAAGGAAAAAAUGCUGCUAAGAAGCCAACUUUGGCAGUAACUGAUAACGCACAGGCACCUAUACAGCCAACUCUGGCAGUAACCACUGAUGCACAGGCAGCUCAGCCGAAAGUUUGGAAUGCCCUUUUUAAGGAUAAUCGUGAUCCAAGACAUGGCAUCAAACUGAGGUAUGUCCCUCCUAAAGGGGAAACCUUGGACUUUGGAGAUCGUGUAUUACCUUCCAUGGUUGAAAUGUGGGGCUACUGCCUAGUUGGACACUUCACCGGAAAAUUCCCCGGACUCAAAGCGGUUCAUGAUCUUAAAUCUACAUGGGGUGUGAGAUGUCUUGUGAGGUCCCAUAACAAGGGAUGGGUAAUCUUUAAAUUCACAAAUGAGGAGGAUAGAUUGAAGGUGCUACAUGACGGUCCUUACACUGUUUUUGGGAAGCUCCUAAUGCUCAAAGAACUCUCGGAUGACUUCUCGUUUGAGGAUGAGGAGUUUCUUAAAGUACCAAUUUGGGUCAAGUUCCCUAAACUACCAAUGAAGCUAUGGAAUGACGAAGCUAUGAGUGAGGUAGCAUCUAUGAUUGGGGUCCCAAUAACUACGGACAAGAUUACUCAAGAUAGGGCAAAUAAUGAUUUUGCUAGAGUGCUUAUUGAAGUGGAUGUUUCAAAGCCACCGCCACUUUCUUUUCCUAUACGACUACCUUCCUCAAAGGUAAUAAAACAAAGUGUGCUUUAUGAAACUUUUCCUAACUACUGUUUUCAUUGCAAAGACUUUGGACACCACCCUUUUAUUUGUAAAAACCUUGCUAAAAGGGUUGAUGGGGAAAGUGAUAACAAAGAACCGAGUGUUGUAACAAAUAAGGAUGUUGUUAGUGAGGCCACUCAGACAGAGGUUGCUGCCCAGAAAUACCCGACCGGUGGUACAGCUGACCCAACCGGGCCUGUAAAAACUGCAGCAGUUGCUGCCCAUGCUGUCUGCCCGACCGGGCAUACCAGCAACCCAACCGGGUCUACCGCGCAGUCUGCAGCCGCCACCUUAUCUGUAACUGUACCAGCUGCACAAGGACUUUCUAAGGUUGAUAAAGCCUCCGAGGUUGUUUUGAAAGAUGUUGAGAGGACUGUGAUGGACCAAAGAGAUGUGAAACAGAACGAUGUGGUUAUCAAAUGUGAGAUAAUAAACGGUAAGACACUAAAGUUAGUUGUCAAACCGUUUAGAUUCGUACAGGCUAGUGUGAUUAGAGUGGACACUUCUCUGCGACUUACGGAUGAUUUGGAUAGGAAGGGCCUUACAUUUACCGCGAAAUGUCUUGAAGGAUUGCCGGGAGUUACAAAGAAGAAAGGGGAGGUUUGCUUUGAUUCAAAGUUCACUACUCCGUUCCGAUGUUUUCUUGGAUGUUAAAUUAGUACUACCUAAUUGUGUUGAUGGUUUUUCAGAUUAUUAUUGCUCAUAAUGUCUUUUAGGUUCAAUAUGGUUGAUAUGUGAGGAUGUUUAGUCUUGAUAUUGUGACAUCCCAUUUAUUGGGAUAUGCACUUUGUUUGUAACUUAUGAGGUGGGGUCUGUCCCAUUAUUCUGAUACAUUAUAUCUAGGUUAGUUUAUUCUAGCUUAGAUAGUCAUUUUGAUUUGGAUGUGAUGCAUUGUAAUGCUAUUUUUUCGAUUCCUAAUAUACUUACAUGUUAUCGUCGAGUUGCAAUGGGUUGGGUUGAGAAGUUGAGAGCUGUUUCUCUCCCUCUUCGCGAGGCUCUUCUACGGCAAUACUCGAA